ACGUUGAUUUAUUGCAGCCGGUGUGAAAUCCAGGCUUGUCUGUCUUUGAUAUCUUUGCGCAGCCGAAAGUACGGACACAACAGGCUAUCGAAGGUUAGGUUGUUUGAAUGAGUCUUCAUCUUGACUAUAGAUCGUUUGAAGACGACAUAAAACGCAUUGCUGAGAUAGCUAACAGCUUGGGAGAGGAAUGGAGACUGACACUUUGUAAGAAAACAAACAGACUCUAUCUUGUCAGAAAAAUUGUCGUACCCCGUCUCACAGAUAAAUUUCGUCAUCGCAAUGAACUGAGUGGUGGAGUGUUAGCCAAUGUAUCACAGCAAACUGAUGGUGAAUCUGGUCAGGAAGUUGAGGUUGAUGAUGAUGAUGAUGACGACGACGACGACGACGACGAUGUUCAUUGUGUAUCCUCCUUUGGAGAAGUGAAGUGGUCAGAUUUUAUAACUUGUGACUACCACAUCGUUUACAGCAGCAGUUACGAAGUCCCGAUUCUUUACUUCAACGUGCACACAACGGAUGGUAACCUUCUUCCAUUAGAUGAUGUUUGGCAGCUAAUUCCUCAGAAUCACUAUGAAACACGUGGAAGUAGAUUGUGGUCUGUUGUAUCCCAAGCGGAACAUCCGAUUCUUGGAAGACCUUUCUUUCAAAUUCAUCCUUGUCACACUGCUGACAUGAUGUCCAAGUUGUGUGCAGAUACAUCCACUGCUAAGAGAAAUUAUGUGUUGUCAUGGCUGAGUGCUGUAGGACCACUGGUGGGCUUAGAGGUUUCCUCAGCCUACUUCCACAAUUGCAAGUCUAGCAAGUCAACAUGCUGAGUCAACAGCCACCUGGAUGCCCAUCUGUGAUCAACAGGAACACCAUCUGACCAAACCAUUUGUGCCUUGCCUUCCUUAAAUUAUCUUUUAAUUAAUUAACAUGCAAGCCUGUGGCUUGAACCAACCACCAUACAAACAGGAGGUCAAUUCUGUUCUAAACAUAGCUCAUUCUGGGGCUCAUUGGUCAAAAACAGUGCACUUUACAUGUACAUAGUAUUCUUGUAAGACUGUCUCUACUACUGUAGUGCCAAGAUCUACAUAACAGCUGUGCUGUUGUAUACAUUUAGAUAGGACUGACAUUAAUUUUGACAAAGAAUUUCUUUGAUUAUUUCCUACAGCUUUGUUGAACUGGCGGGGUCAUCUAAACUGAAUCAGAGUUAGAGAAAUAUCAGCACUUGAUGGAAUGUGAAAGGAGGUCACCUGGCUCCUCCUAUGCAUGAGAACAUCAGAGAAACGCCAGCAGUAGAUUGAAUUACCUCUAGGUAUUACUUAAAUGACCUACAGUGAUAC